GACACUUUGAAAAGACAAAUCUGCAGCGGUGUUUAAGUACUCAACCUGUUGUUUCAUGGUCCCAAACUUAUUUAUGGCACCUCCUGUAUGAGUCAAUGAGCAUGUGAUGAUUCAACAGCUACCAUCCUGAAGGUUUAUCAGUAAUAUCGACAAAUUUGAAAUUCUUCUUCUACCUGCUUAGCAUGGCAUAUGUAUUAAAGACACUCAACAGCUGGUUCUGGUGGGAGAGCUUAUGGAUACCUGCCAAUUGCACAUGGGCAGAUCUUGAAGACCACGAUGGCAUUGUCUUUCCAAAGCCACAUCAAUUAUAUGCCACGAUACCAUAUGCUUUUGUGAUGCUGAUGGUCCGAUUCUUGAUAGAAAGAUAUAUUGCCAUACCUCUAGCAAAAGCUUUAGGUAUAAAGAACGUAACACGAGUGAAGCCGCAGCCAAAUGCUGUUUUAGAGAAUUAUUUCCGAAAAUGCACAAAACGUCCAUCCCAAUCUGAGAUUCAAGGCCUGGCCAAAAAGUGUAACUGGACAGUUCAUUUGGUGGAAAAAUGGUUUAGGAGACGGCGAAAUCUUGAGCUCCCAACAAUGCUUCGGAAAUUCCAGGAAGCUUGCUGGCGAUUUUCAUUUUAUCUCGCAUCAUCCAUUGCUGGAUUUAUAUUUCUAUAUGAUAAACCUUGGUUUUAUGAUAUAUGGCAAGUGUGGGUUGGCUAUCCAUUUCAGUCCUUGCUAUCAUCCCAAUAUUGGUACUACAUGGCUGAGAUUAGUUUUUAUUGGUCUCUGUUGUUUACCCUUGGUACUGACACCAAAAGGAAGGACUUUAUGGCCCAUGUCAUUCACCAUUUGGCAGCCAUUGUUUUGAUGGCCUGUUCUUGGUGUGGCAAUUAUGUUCGUAUUGGGACCUUAGUGAUGAUUGUACAUGAUACUGCAGACUUCUGGCUUGAGUCAGCCAAAAUGUUUAAUUACGCUCACUGGGAAAAAACCUGCAAUGUUCUCUUCAUCAUCUUCUCUGUCAUGUUCUUCAUCACAAGGAUUAUCCUUUUCCCAUUUUGGAUUUUACGUGGCACAUUAUAUCUGCCUUCAUAUUACUCCUCAACAAUCGUCAUAGCGUAUUUCAUCUUCAAUGGGCCGCUUCUAAUUCUGCAAGGGCUCCAUCUAUACUGGGGCUACUUAGUUCUCAAAAUUUUGAAUAAAUUCCUGUUCAUAAAGGUAUUCAGGACAUCUCCACCUGCUUGGGCUAAAAGUGAGGGCAAAAAAGACUUGAAAGAUGACCGGAGUGAUGAAGAAGAGGAAGACUCCCUCACUGAUAAUGAAGAGUGCACGAAGAAUGGCAGCAAGAACGGCUGUGGGUUGAGCAGACACCAACUCUUAAACAACAAUAAUUAGAUCCAACCCUGCACCACUUCCUGCAGUGUCGCUUAACCCAACCUACAGUAUAGAGCUUAAAGUCAACAGGUUUAAGAGAGUGUGUGAUUGAUUUAUUGCUGGUUACUAGACCUGGAAGAAAGCUCAUUUUAGAAAGGGGGCAGGGGACUGCUUAACAUGACUAAAUGUUUUAAUGACCCACUUUCUGAAUUACUGCAUAUAAGUGUGUGAAAAACAUAUCUAGAAUCUGUAAAUCGCUCUUGAAAUGCUCAAGAAUUUCAAAACUAUCUCAGAACACUUAAAAUCUAAUGGAUUUA